AUGGCGCACUGGACGCUGCAGGCAUCCGACGUGGCGAGCGCCCUGGCGCUGCUGCUGGCGCUGCUGCUGGCGCUGUCGGCAGCGACGCGCGCGUCGGCGCUCUCGCGCUGGCUGCGUCUGCGCCGGCUAGCCAAGGCGCUGCCCGGGCCCACCGACACCCUGCCCAUCUGCGGCGACGGCAUCAGCCUCCGGGGAGCGCCCAUAACCGCGCUGCGGCGCCUCUACCACAAGCACGGCACCCCGUGCAGGGUGUGGGUGGGCCCGCGGGUGUACGUGCUGCUGUCACACCCGGAGCAUGCACGCCUGGUGCUCAGCACGGGUGCGCACGUGGACCGCGACGACUACAUCAUGGAAGUGCUGCGACCGCUGACGGGCAAUGGACUACUCGCUUCCAGGGGGGACGUCUGGCGCAGCCGACGCAGGCUGCUGAGCCGCGUGUACAAGACGCAGUGGCUGCAGGAGCAGUACGCGUGGCUGCAGAAGGCCGCAGAGACGCUGGUGUCCUCGAUGCGACCUCUGUGGGGCGACGAAGCCUCAGCAGCAGGGGCCGAGCAGGAGACGCUGGGGCACCUGGCCGCCUGCACGCUCGACCAGGUGGCCGGCUCAGUGGUGGGCCGCAGCCUGCUGGCGGGCGGCGCCGACGGCGUCGGCUUCGUCAAGGACUACAUGAGGGCCGUCCAGACGCUGCACGCCAGGGUUAUGAACCCAUUUCUGCUCGUGACACCAAUAUUCAAGUUAUCAAGCCUUGGUAGGGAACAAGCGAAACUGGCAAAUUCCAUGCAUCAGUUCAUCGACCACUCUGUGGAGAAAAUGAAGAAACUACCAUCAGAAGAAAGUGAAAGCUGCGACUCUGAAGCUAGCACAGGAGGAAGGUUGCCGGGCUCGGCGCUGGAGGCGCUGCUGGAGCUGACGCAAGACCGGCGCCUGCUGCGGGAGGAGAUCGCCACGCUGCUGCUGGCCGGGCAGGACACCACGGCCACCGCCAUCUGCUUCGCGCUCCAACUGCUCGCCCUCCACCCAGAGAUCCAGGAGGAGGCGGCGUGGGAUGAGGCGCUGCAGGAGCGCGUGGUGCGCGAGACGCUGCGGCUGUUCCCGCCCAGUCCGCUGCUGUCGCGCGAGCUGACAGCGGAUGUGCAGCUGCCGGCCACCGACGACCACGGCCCGCUGGUGCUGCCCGCGGGCAGCUCCGCCGUCGUCUGCGCGCUCUUCCUGCACAGGGACCCCGCCAUCUGGGACGAGCCGCACGCCUUCCGGCCCGACAGGUUUCUUCCGGAGGCGUGCAAGGAGCGUCACCCUUUCGCAUACCUGCCGUUCGGCGGUGGACCCCGUUCUUGCAUCGGCAGCAAGUAUGCGCAGAUGCAGAUGCGAGCCGUCCUGUCAAAGGUGCUGCCUGCCUUCAGAGUGACCACGACUGCCACCCGCGAAGACCUUGAGGAUCUCAAGAUGGGUAUGGUCAUCACGCCCAAGAACGGCUUCAACCUCCGCUACGAGCCCAGGGGCUGAUCACGCUGCGAUUGGAGGACUUGAACCAGUUAAUAAUGUUCGGCGAAAACCGUUACCAGGAACAGGCUGAAGGCCUCUUGGUGACUAACGUUUCGUAUAAUCAUGGUGUCGCCAAAAUUUCGGUUAACAGUAUUAAUGCUACUCGUAUUCCAGACGAUAUCAGUGGAGGAGUCACAUAUACAUAACCUGCUUAUACAUAAAUCGAGCUUACGUCCGGAUUAGUUUUCACCACAGUACCCUACAUUCGCUAUAGGGUGCUGCAGUGCCAAGGGUGAAGUGAACACACUUACGAUCUCAGACUAGCGCUGUAAAAUGCGACAUCCUGAUACAGAAGCCAUUGACGUACUACGUAAUUGUAACGUUGGUUUCCAGAUAUAAAUGUAACCAGUCUCUUUUUGUCAUGCUUCAGUUUUUAUUUACCAUGAGCAAUUUCACAUCGCCUCCCAAUGAAAAAAUGUAUACCAUCUGAUGAUGAGUCACUAGGUGAUACGAAACCAGUUAUGAUAAACAGGACUUGAAGCAUCACAAAAGGCGAUUGGUUGCAGUUAUUUCAGGAGACCUUCAUCCGUCAAAAUGACAGUCCACAGCCAUAGUGGAUAAAAGUUUAAAUGGUAAUGUUGUUUUGUAAAUUACUGUAGCGCCAGUGGCACCGUGAAGGUGCGAAACAGGAGCUACUAUAGUCGCAAAGUGUUGCACGUAUAUCAUAGAAUAUAGCACUUGUAAAUAACUUAAUAAGUGUUAAGCAUUACAAGGUUUUCAUUUUUAUAUUCACAGCCUUUCUCUACUCGUGUGUUUCUGACACUGGGGCCAUUUUAUUUUUAACUUCUUCAUCCAGUCUGAUGUGUAUUGUUACCAAGCGAAUCACAAAUUUUGCUGCAGUACAGAAUUUUAAAUUUAGCGAAACUAUGCGGAAAGAAAAAAAAUGUUGAAACAAUUGUAAAAUGUUUGUUGGUUAGGUAUGUAAAAAGUUAUAUUAUUUAUUUAUGUAUAUAGAGAGGUAUUUUGACUAAUGCAU